AUGCACUAUUAUAGAUAUUCUAACGCCGAGGUCAGCUGCUGGUACAAGUACCUCCUUUUCAGCUACAACAUCGUCUUCUGGUUGGCUGGAGUUGUCUUCCUCGGAGUUGGACUAUGGGCGUGGAGCGAGAAGGGGGUGCUCUCCGACCUCACCAAAGUGACCCGGAUGCAUGGAAUUGACCCAGUGGUGCUGGUGCUGAUGGUGGGCGUGGUGAUGUUCACCCUGGGCUUCGCUGGCUGUGUGGGGGCCCUGCGGGAGAAUAUCUGCCUGCUCAACUUUUUCUGCAGCACUAUCGUGCUCAUCUUUUUCCUGGAGCUGGCUGUGGCCGUGCUGGCCUUCCUGUUCCAGGACUGGGUGAGGGACCGGUUCCGGGAGUUCUUCGAGAGCAACAUCAGAUCCUACCGGGACGACAUUGACCUGCAGAACCUCAUCGACUCCCUUCAGAAAGCCAACCAGUGCUGUGGGGCGUAUGGCCCUGAAGACUGGGACCUCAAUGUCUACUUCAACUGCAGUGGCGCCAGCUAUAGCCGCGAGAAAUGUGGGGUGCCCUUCUCCUGCUGCGUGCCCGACCCCGCGCAAAAAGUUGUGAACACACAGUGUGGCUAUGACGUCAGGACUCAGCUGAAGAGCAAAUGGGAUGAGUCCAUCUUCACGAAAGGCUGCAUCCAGGCCCUGGAGAGCUGGCUCCCACGGAACAUCUACAUUGUGGCUGGCGUCUUCAUCGCCAUCUCACUGCUGCAGAUAUUUGGCAUCUUCCUGGCGAGGACCCUGAUCUCGGACAUUGAGGCGGUGAAGGCAGGCCACCACUUUUGA